AUGCGUGGGACGGUCCAGGAUUAUGCGACUGCUAUUGCUAUCAGGCUUAACGUCCACGACAGAAUCCCCUAUGCAUUUAGGAACGACGACAUGCCCGUAUACCUUCGAGGCGUUCAAUUCAUGUUAUCGGCUGUCUCGGUAUUGCUUCCUGCCUCUACUUGGGCGCUUCGCGAACCCCGCUUCAAGGCGAUAGCUAGCCGGGGCAUAGUACUCGAGCUUGGCCACCUCAUUUUUACAGAGAACGUUCGGAAGCUGACAGCGCUCAGGAAAUUUGAAAACUCCAUUCACGAUGACCGGCCUCAUGCAAUGCCGAAUUGCACGGUCAAGAGCCACAUCCAAGAAUUCGAAGAGGUCUACAUACGAUCAAAAAUUUCCCAUCAACAUCUCAUCUCGAUCACCCGAUCAACCACCUUUCCCAUCAAACAGGAUUGA